GGGCUUUCCCUCUUGUCCAUACCUCGAGGAUCAGUAGUCUCAACAGACUCAGCAGCCCAAAGAGGCCCAAAGUCUGGAGGGACUCGGCAGUCUGAACAGGCCUGGCGGUCUGAAGAGACCCAUAGUCUGGAAAGACUCAGUAGUCUGGAGAGACUCAGGAGUCUGGAAAGAUUCAGUAGUCUGAACAGAUUUGCUAGACUGGAAAGACUCGGCAGUCUGAACAGACCUAUAGUCUGGAGAGACUUGGCAGUCCCUACUGAGUCUUUCCGGGCUAUCGGUCCCUUGAGACUUUCGAGUCUGUUCAGGCUGCCGUGUCUCUUUGGACUGCUCGGUCUUUCCAGACUACUGAGUCUCUCUGGACUGCAGAGCCUUUUCAGAAUGCCGAGUCUCUCCAGAUUACUGAGUCUUUCCAGUCUACCGAGUCUGUUCAGACUGUUGAGGUUAUGGCUAUAA